AUGGACUUAUAGCAAUCUCUUAAAAACGAAUUCACACCUAAGCAAAAGAAGUAGGCGUUCUCAAUAGCUCACUAAAAGUAACAGUACUUAGAUUAAUCACAUCUAUACUAAUCACCAAAGUCCAUAAACAAAGGCCAUUAAAAUUUCAAUUAGCAUUAGAGCUCUCUCAAUAAUCAAUUUAAUGCAACGUAAAAGCUACCUCCUGGAAUUCCAGGAGCUUAAUCAUAUUCCUUUGUUAAUGGGUCCACUCAUCAUAAUCUAAAUUAACCUAAUCCUCCACUAGGCAUGUACCCUCCUUUGAUCCAAAUAUCUCAACCUCCAUUGCAUAGUAAAAAAGCAAAGAAACAAAAGAAUACGAUGCCUUCUGCAACUAUCUAAUAAAAUCAUCACAAAACAGAUGAUGAAGCCGAAAAAACACCUCUUAUCAAUAGUCACAAAAAAUACAAGGAAAAAGCAAUAAAACUGAAAUAAAAGAGUAUAGAUGCUUACCCAGGUGAAAACCAUAUAACUUAAAGAUAGCAAAAAUCAUUAGCUGAUUAUGACGGGAAUUAUCCCUAAAAUCGCAGCAGAUUAAAUAUGGAUGUAGAGCAAUAUAACUUUCUUAAGGAAAAUUUGAGGAAAAAUCAUAAUAGAUAGCUGAAAAUUGUUGAUGAAUAGCUGAAAGGAGGACCCACUUCGAGAGUAAAUGGUUCUAUUGAUGGAAAUAUGAUAGGAAUAUCAACAGAAGUUAGCAUGAAUGGAAGCAUCAAAUUCAAGAGCAAUUCAUUCAUACAUAAUGCAAAUGAUUAAAAAAGCAAAAACUCGAUGAAACUGCAGGAUUAUGAGAAGAUAUACAAAUAUACUGUAUAAAAUGGGAUCAGUACUCUCGAUUAAAGUAUCGAAAGCCAUGAUUAUAAUUAAAGUUUUCAGGAUAGUCCAAACAAUAAGUACAGCAUUAAUAAGAAUUCAACCAGUUUAUCUAAUAAUCCUCCAAUGACACACAGGGGUAAGGCAAAGAACUUUGAGGAUGUCAAUCCUUAGUAAUUAGCAUUGCAGUCAAACAAUACUUAAUCAUAAAAGUACUUUUCUUAAGAUCAAGAACCCAUAAUAAAUAGUAAUGCAGCCAGCAAUCAAAAUAGCCUAGUUUUACCAUAAGUUGAUAAAAGAUAGAUAAUAAAAAAUUCAGCUAAUUCAGAAAUGAUAUCAAGAAAGCUUUUUUCUAGCACCUAUGAAAAAAUAUCACAUGAUAAUAUUACUUCUGUUAACAACAAAAAAGAAAUCAAAUCACUAAAGCAAAACAGAAAUCGUUCCGACCUAAGUAAACUUUCAAAUGAAAUAAAGUCAUAAUUAGAUUUAGGCCUCAGACAUAUUCAGGGUUUGAGUCUGUCAAUAAUGAGAAAUAAAAAACUACUGAAAAAGCUUGAAGAGAAUAAUCCUAAUUCAGAUGUUGUAAUACAAAGGAGGAUACUCAAUUCUGACAGCUUAGUUUAUCAUUAAAACCCACUCACUAAGCAACUUGAACAAGAAAGGAGAAUUAUCCAUAACCAUCUGAGCACAACAAAUAAUUGGUAUUUAAUAUCAAUGAAGAAUCAAAACCAAUCUGGACUCAUGGAAACAGUAGCCAAAUCAGCAUCAGCAUGUCUAUCAUCUUGUUACUGA